AUGGGGUUUAGGGACAUAGCUAUGUUCAAUGACUCCUUGUUGGUUAAACAAGCAUGGCGACUCUUGAAACACCCAAACUCAUUAUUGCACAAAGUUUUUAAGACGCGCUUCUUUCCAAAUUGCACUUUUAUGGAGGCUAAACACUCAAGUGGUGGCUCUCAUGCUUGGAAUAGCAUAUUGCAUGGAAGGGAUGUAUUACUUAGGGGCUGCAGAUGGAGGAUUGGGAAUGGGAAGGCAAUGAGUAUAUGCCAAGACCACUGGCUGCCAAGGAAAAACAUGCCACAAGUUUUAUCACCCAUGGUGGAAACAUUGGCUGGUGCAAAAGUUGAGAUAUUGAUCAAGGAAGACACAAGGCAGUGGGACUACCGCUUGAUAGAUGGAAUGUUCACCCUGGAGGAAGCGGACUUGAUCAAAUCAAUACCACUCUCUAGAUGCAAGGCAAAGGAUACUUUAUUUUGGCCUUUCAUAAGUAAUGGAAUCUACACAAGUAAGUCUGUGUACAGAUUUUUGAAGUCCGAAGAACAAACCGAGAUUGGUGAAGAACAGAGGGCGCAAAUUAAGGAAUUGUGGCGGAAAAUUUGGUCUCUUCAAGUACCGAAUAAAAUCAAGAAUUUGGUGUGGAGGGCAUGCCGUAACUCAUUGCCAACAAAAGAUAAUUUGGUGCAGCGACCUAUCAUCGAAAGCCUGACAUGUGAUCGCUGCAAAUAG